CACACCCCACACGCAUCACAUGUUUGUUUACAAGUCGAUCAAGGUUUCUGGCGCACUUGCCUGAUACCUGACACGAGCGAUUGCGGACCUGCUGAUUUGCCCUGAGUAAGGUGGGACGGAUCCGCCGCGACCUGGCCGCUAGGUCGGCGACACCCUGGGCCGGAGGGCACGGCGAUUAAAGGCCGUGGUUGGUAUCUAAAAUCGUCAGGAAGUUAAAGAACCGAUAAAAUGGAGGAUCACGAAAUCGACGGCGAACUGGGUCCUUUUGCCCCUGAGGUCUAUGAUAUUCCCUGGAAGCAAUACGAGUAUUUGGACCACACAGCAGAUGUCCAGCUGCACUCGUGGGGCGACACUGUGGAGGAGUGCUUCGAACAGUGCGCCGUGGCCAUGUUCGACUACAUUUCCGAGCUGGACAAGUGUGAUGCAAAUUUUGGAAAUGCGGAGGGUGUCUGUGGAAGGGCACGACAUGUUGUCCCUGCUGUACAAUUUCCUCGACGAGUGUCUUUUCAUGUUCAACUGCGAGCCCUUUUUCCUGGCCAAGAAGGUGAAAAUCAUCGAGUUCGACCGCACGGCGUGGAAAAUCCGGGCCGAGCUGUACGGCGAGGAGUUCGACCUGGAAAAGCACCCUCAGGGCACGGAGGUCAAGGCCAUCACCUACUCCAACAUGCAGGUGCACGAGGACAAGCCGCAGAAGGAGGUGUUCGUCAUCAUCGACAUCUAACCGCCAAGAUUUAAUUCGGUAGGGGGGCAAACAGAGGGGAAGAAAAGAAAGCACAAAGGAAUAUAAAAAAAGGUCAGCUGCUGGCGGGAGCAGAUGCGAAUUUCCCCAUUGACACCUUCUGACCGACCGACCGACCGACCGACCGACGCUUGCUCUGCUCGGAAAGGGGGAGGCGGAGCGGCGGCAGCUGGCACGCGCGUUUAAAGGGCUGUGCAAGAAUGCAGCCGCUUCCCCCCCUCCAUCGGGCACAGCUUCCUCGACCGUUUCGCGCCUUUUACGGCGGCUCCUAGCAGCUGUUGCCUCUUUUACGGCAGCGACCGACGACGCGGCCCCCCAGCGAGCAUCGCCGAACCCAUUCGAAAAGCAGAGGACGCAGCUUGUGAAGGAUUUUACUCGUACAUACUUUCGCCAUCGUGAUCACUUCCGGACCCUCGGCUCGGCAUCGCGUCACAGCGCUCCCCUGUCGUGGAAUGCACGCCGCUCUCCCUCCCUUCCUGUGGGGUGGCAUUCAGAACGGGUGUACUCUGCUCUGAAGAAGAAUUAUAAUAAUGUAUUAUAUUGUAAACCAGAAUAUAUGUGUAUAAGGGACAAAUCGAGUGGGGAGUACGUGCAAUGUGCAACAGAAUCUGUUUCAAACCAACGGAAAUUCGUGAUAGAAAAUCAUCGGCAACAGCUUCGAGCGUGCACGCGUAAUUCUAAAUAUCUGCCAGAAUAAUCAGGGAUGUUAAAUAAAAUUUUAUUUAAUAAAUAUGA